AUCAAAAUGGCGGAAACCACAGAAACUCAAGUUCCCCCCGUCGACGAGACGACCAUUGCCUCCGUCAAGGCCAACUCUGCCCGCAAGAACUCGCUGUCCAACUACCUCAAGCACCGCCCCGAACGCUCCGAGCUGGUAGAGAAGAACAUCCUCCCCGAUUCCACAGCCGCACCCGGCCUCAUCGCCCAGCAGAAAGAGCUCCAAAAACACAUGCUCGAAGACAAGCUCAACGACAAAAUCUCCCACCGCCCCUCCCCCGACGCCCUCCUCAAGGAAGGCGUCCUGCACGAAGACCCGCGCUCCCCCGAGGAAAAGUACGAGGAGGCCAUUGAGGAGGAGUAUGCCAAGCGGGAGGGCGGUGCUUGAACCAAGUUCACCCCUUCUUCAAUAGGAGCUGUCCGUUAAGAGACAAUUGCAGUGACUGGACAAUGUUAAGGGAGAUGGGACUGCCAUUUUUUGAGCAGCUGGACAGGAUGAUGUGUUUGAAAGCGAAAGAGAUGGAGACGAUGAUGAUUUAACUUGCGAGCCUGGAAUUUAUUGAUCAAGGAGCCUCGAUAAGG